AUGAGUGCCAACGUUCCAGAGCCUCAAGAACCUCAGUGCUUGACUGAAAAAGGUCCGGUCUCCAAUGAGCAUUUGGACAAAAAGUUACACGAUAAGGUGCCAGAUGGCCUCCAAAACACUCAACAAAAGGCCUCAUCAGCACAAGAGCCACCUCAGGACAUGGCUCUUUUGAUGGGCUUCUCAGGGUUCAAAUCGACCAAAAACAAAAAGGUUCAGCCAAAAAAGUCUGGUGGGAAACAAGUGGAAAAGAAGGUUGGUAAAAAUGCCAAGUACAGACAGUACGUCAACAGGAAAAAUAAGAAACUUGUUCAAUAA